CUGAAUCCACCGCUCCAGCAGCCUGUCUGAAACCCCAUUUCUCCUCCACCGGUGUGUUUGGUUUGCAAGUGUACACUCCGCACACCUGCACUCCACGCACAUCUGACACCAUGGCUGCCACCGCUGCGUCCGCCAGCCUCAAGGCUUCCACCUUCGUGCAGCCUAAGGUCAAUGCCGCCUCCCUCAAGGCUGCUCCCGUCUCCCAGGCUUUCGGCCUGAAGACUGCCUCCGCCAAGGUGUCUUGCUCCGCAGAGGAGAAUGUUCGCGGCUUCGUGCAGAAGUGCGCUGAUGCCGGCAAGGCCGCUGCUCUUGCCCUCGCGUCCACUGCUCUGGUCGCUUCGUCUGCCCAGGCUGCGGUCCCCAGGCUGACCUUCGACGAGCUCCAGAGCCUUACCUACUCGGAGGUGAAGGGAUCCGGCAUCGCCAACCAGUGCCCCAUCAUUGCUGGCGGCGUCGAUGGCUUCGCCUUCAAGUCCGGCAAGUACCAGGUCUCCAAGAUGUGCCUGGAGCCCACCGCCUUCACCGUGAAGGCGGAGUCCCAGUUCAAGGGCCAGGGCGAGGAGUUCCAGAAGACCAAGCUCAUGACCCGCCUCACCUACACCCUUGACGAGAUCGAGGGCCCCCUUGAGGUGAACGGAAACAACCUGAAGUUCACCGAGGUUGACGGAAUCGACUACGCCGCCGUGACCGUCCAACUCGCGGGUGGCGAGAGGGUUCCGUUCCUGUUCACCGUGAAGGAGCUUGUCGCGUCCGGCCCCGCCGACAGCUUCGGAGGGUCGUUCCUCGUGCCGUCAUACCGUGGCGCCACCUUCCUUGACCCCAAGGGCCGCGGUGGUUCCCAGGGCUAUGACACCGCCGUGGCUCUGCCCGCCGGUGGUUUCGGUGACGAGGACGCCCUGCAGAAGGAGAACCAGAAGAGCUACAAGGCGCUGAGCGGAAACAUCACGUUCAGCGUCGCCAAGUCGAACGUGGAGACCGGUGAGAUCGGUGGUGUGUUCACGAGCGUGCAGCCGUCCGACACAGAUAUGGGUGCCAAGGUGCCCAAGGAUGUGAAGAUCGAGGGCAUCUGGUACGCCCAGCUUGACUAAUUUUGCUAGAGACGUGCAAGCCUACUCAGCGUAUUGUAAAACCGUUUUGUAAAUCAAAGCAGCAUACACAGUUUUCCCUUAUCACCCCUUCGUGCCGAGUGUCCCUGAGUUGCCUGGAUGUUCAGAGUGCAUAUGCAUUUGCUUGUGUCGCCCUUCUUACCUCGAACCGACUGAAGUGGGAUACUGGUUAGCUAUUAGGGUGAAGACAUCAUGUUGGAGUGAACCACGUGAUAACGGUGGCCAGGAUCUAGGGUUGGUGUAACCAAGAGUCAAGAUUGGAAGUUAAAAC